AUGCAUGUCGUACUUUUCACACUGCUGAUACUUCAACUUGGAUGUUGUACAGAUGAAGGAUUUGAAACAAAGACUGCAAACGCAGGAGACAAUGUGACUCUGCUCUGUAAUAACUUACGGUUGGACUUUGGAUUUUUUUACUGGAUCAAAAUUGUUCCCGAAAAAAUUCCUGAAAUUGUAGGAAAAAAAUAUGACAAAAGUGACGAAUUUAGCAAGAUUGCUCACUUUACAACCACAAUUGAAGAUGGAAGAUGUUUUCUACACAUUGCAAAAGCAAAGCCGAGUGACUCUGCCUUCUAUUACUGCUUAACACUUAAAGGCUACAAAAUGAACUUUUUGAAGGCAGUGUUUCUUGAAAUUAAAGGACCAGACUCUCAAGUUUCUGCAGUCGUUCAAAGUUCUGUUGAUCCGGGUUCUGCAGGAGACGUUGUGGCUCUGCAGUGUUCAGUUCUCUCUAACCUUAAAAGUGAAGCAUGUCCAGAAGAACAGAGAGUAUUCUGGUUCAGAAAGACUGAAGAUGAUUCUCUCCCCACUUUUAUUUACACCAGAAGCAGCAGUGAUGGUGACUGUGACGGGGGUACAGAGGCUCAGCCUCUGCAGAGUUGUGUCUACAGUUUCUUGAAGAACGUCAGCUCCUCUGAUGCUGGACUUUAUUACUGUGCUGUGGCUGCAUGUGGAAAAAGGAUUUUUGGAAAUGGAACAAAACUGGAUGUUCAAGUUGACAGCGCACAUGAUUCCAUGAGCAACAAUAUAUACUUUUUUCUGUUUUUCGGAACCUUGAUUUUCAGUCUCAUGAUCAUAACAUUUCUGAUUUGUGUCUUGUCAAAAAAAUCCUGCGCUGUCUGCAAAGUCUGUUUGGCUUGUAAAGCAACCUCUGAAACAGUCAAUGAUGAACGGCAGAACCGGAGGAUAAAUCAAGUCAAUGUGGUUUAUGCUACAACAGUCUUUGCCAAGAAGAAAGCUGUCAAUGGAAGGGGAAGAAAAGCAGCAGCAAAGCAUGAGACCAUCUACAGUGAUGUGAGAGUAUAUGAGGAGAAUUAAUGGGAAAUAAUGUGUGUGAUGAUUGUAUGAUCUUUUAACA